CGCACGUCAUGCCCCUCCUGCAGCACCACACGCUCGCGCAUGCGAUACGCGCCUGCCCGCGCGAACAGUGGUGACACUGCACAUUGACCAGGUCGCUGAAUACGCAUAGCCACGCUGUUCCACGUCCAUGCCAGACAUGUCUCUCGACAAGGACAUCUCUCCGGCCUCAGCCCACCCACCUUCCACUUCCGUAGCCGUCUUUGUUUCCGCUCACACCAGACACUAAUCCUCCUUCAUUCCAUCGGAUCCCACUCGAACAACCCUUUGCACGCUGCAAAAUCACCACCAUGGCCAAUCCGCCGCAGCUUCAAGUAUCAGGCGUCCCGGGCAUCCAGGCCGAGGAGCAGGCGGCUACCACGUCGCCUGCUCGCGGUGCCGAAAUGGCCAGCUUUCUGCGGGCUCGCCUGAACCGGAACGCAAACAGAGAGAAUCGACACAUCGGCGAGGCAGCCCCUCCGCCAGUUCUAGUGCAUGGCUGGGACUUUUGGCACGAUCGACAGGAGCGCUCAGUGGCAGAUGCAAAACCGCCCGCCGAAGACGCCGCCAGCUAUGAAGACCGCUUGGAGUCUCUCGCUUCCAUCUCCGAUGUGCGCCAGUUCUGGUCCGUGUUCAACAACUUCGAUAUCUCCCGCCUGGCGCUCCGCGACAGCAUUCACCUCUUUCAUAGAGGUGUAAAGCCAGUGUGGGAGGACGCCCGUAACGCAAAAGGAGGGAGUUGGACAUUCCGCGUCCCCAAGUCGGUGGCUGCACAGUUUUGGCAAGAGAUAUGCAUGAUGGCUAUUGGAGAGCAGCUACAGGAGGCUGUUCAAGCGGACCAGCAGCACAAAACUAGCUUCAGGGAUGACAUCUGUGGGGUCAGCCUCAGCGUGCGAUUCAAUAGCAUGCUGAUCCAGAUCUGGAACCGAGAUGCAGAACAUCAGACUGGCAUUGACAGUAUACUCAGAACGGUCAUGGAGGGUAUCAGUCCGGCACUGAGGCCGAAGGACGGAAGUUACUACUACAAAAAGCACAUUGAGCAUGCUAGUUUUGGCAUCGACGAGGCAAAGGUACAUGGCGCGCCAGAUGCGAGCAGGGACAAUGCACCAACGGCAGAUGUGAUGGAUAGUGCCGCGACGCAGUCUCUCGACACGGCUACACAUGCAUCAUGAUUCGGGCGCCUAGGCUCCAAAUCACAAGCUGGACUGAGAAGAACGCGGCGUCAAACCACCAUUGCUGGCGAACACUAUCACAAGCUGCUCGCAGAUGCCGGACAGUCCUGAACGAUCAACUGCUCCUCGACCGUACAAGGCGAAUGGCGGCGGUCUGGAAUACCGGCACAGCUCCGUCUGUGGUAUUACCGCCGGUCCAAGGAGGAAGGAGGAAGAUGAGAAUGAGAUUAUCGAGACGGUGUUCAAAUGAUGCUUGAUGAGUGGUAUGCCGCUGUGGUAGCGAUGUAACUGGAAUGAUCAGAUAGCAUUAGUUCGGCAUAAUGUCGUUGAUCAGCA